AUGGCUUUACAUCAUGAUAGUACAGCCAAUGAUCACCUAUGGGGCGGUAGCCUGCGUUUCAAGAACUACUCUAGCCACGGUGAGACAAUCGCUCACCAAGCUACAACGACUGGCAUGUGUCUCUGUACAUCUCAGAGUGGUGAUUUUAAAUCGAGUACACGAACAACCACCGAUUUAAUUCUCAGUGAUAUUCGAAAUGCUUUUAAAACCGUUACAAAUAAUACGAAUCUUGUAAAUCGUAUGAUACCACAAAUGUACGAGCCGGUCAUGAAACAAUCAAAAUUUGCCUUUAUUUUCGAAUUACCCGACGCUAAUGUCAAAAACGGUUAUUCAAUGUGGAUGAUGCAACGUACUGAUCUUGUGGAUCCAGUUUUUCCCAAUCUAACAAUUGAGUACAUGCGUGCGCAAUUACAUAAAAAACGUUCAUCAGCGACAGUCCACAGCGAUAAUAUUGAUGAGAAUAUAUCUAAAGACAGUGUAUUGCCGCCUACAAAUGCGUGGGGUUCGUUGGGAUUGGAUGGUUGGUCUGGCGCAAUUGCACCAGUGAAUGUUGCGUACCAUGCAAAUGAUAAAUAUCCGGCCAGUGAUAUUCUUAUGGAUUUAGAGAAUGAAACAGGAUAUGCAGGGAAUAUUGAUGAUGACGGAAAUAUUUAUAUUGCACGCGUUAAUGAUCCAUUCGGUACCUCAGUAAAGUGGGAGCAAAGGAAUUCCACCGAUCGAUCAAAACGCGAUUUACUUACACUGUACUCUAUGAUCCAAUGUUCAACGGGCUGUCAACCUCUUAUUUACAAAGGUUAUGGCUGUUAUUGUGGCUUCUCGGGAGCAGGCAUACCAACUGAUGAUGUCGAUCGCUGCUGUAAGUUACACGACAAAUGCUACGAAUUUAGUAAUUGCGUGGCGUAUUUGGAGUAUUUUGUUCCAUAUGUUUGGAAGUGCUAUCGUCGAAAACCCCUAUGUGCUAUUGAUCAUGGUGAAUUCGGUGGACCGGGCUCAUGUGCCGCACGGCUAUGUGAAUGUGAUAUUCAAUUAUCUCGCUGUUUACGGCGAUUCAGAUGUCCCAGACGUAGAGCAGUGUGCUUUAGCUCGAGAGCCCGACGUUUACAAAACUUCUUACUAACAUUUUAAGAUAUUUAGUAACAAAGUUUUUAGAAUAACGAGGAUUUGUAUAUAUCGUACCUUUGCUGAAAUAGUAUCAUAAUUAAAAAACAAAACAUUUUUUUUAGUUAAGUAUACAGAAAUAUCCACCAUCUCUUUUUCUAUGUUGUAUUGCAUGGCUGCACUGAGUUACAAUAACGCAUUAGAGGGAGAUGUAUCUUCAUUUCUACCAUGGAAAUCUAUGUAAACUUUAAACUAUAAGGUCACUUUUCUCGAGUUCUGGUUUAUUUUUGGAUAAUGACGCUCUUGCAGCAAACGUACGACAUGAAUUUGCAUAACCUAUACAUAA